UAAGCUGACAGAAGGAGGGAGAAUUUACAUCCCCGAGAGAUAGGGAGAAGGGCGAGGCCAUGGCAUCCUCUAGUGCUUGGUCCCCCCAAGCAGCAAAGGUAGGGGAGGGCCUGGCGAAAAGAGCAGUGCACGUCAGAGUGAACGAGUCGGAGCAAGAAGACCAGGGCCCCGAAUGCUCAGCCGUUUUCCAGGAAGGCCCCGCCAAGAGAGCGGUGCGAAUCCAAGUCCCCGGGGGGCCUAGAGAAGACGCCCUUCCGGCCCCAACUGAUGAGACAACCAAGAUAAUUAAACCGACCAGAGCGGUGGUCGUCGACUUGGGCACCGGGUAUUGUAAGUGUGGCUUUGCCGGCGAAGCCAGACCCUCCCACGUGGUUUCCUCGACGGUGGGCAAGCCUCUUCCGGAGGCCGCCAAGUCGGAGAACAGGCGAAGAGAGAGCUUCGUCGGGCAUGAGCUCCUGAGCUCGAGGGAACCCCUCAGACUCAUCAAUCCCCUGAAGCACGGCAUCAUCGUGGAUUGGGACUCCAUGGAAGAGAUCUGGGCGUACCUGUUCUGGCACCAGCUGAAGGUCCCUCCAGCGGAGCACGCGGUUCUCGUGUCAGACCCUCCCUUGAGCCCGACAACCAACCGGGAGAAGUAUGCGGAAAUGCUGUUCGAGACCUUCGACACACCGGCCAUGCACAUAGCCUACCAGUCCCGGCUGUCCAUGUACUCUUACGGCAAAACCUCCGCUCUGGUGGUGGAAGUCGGUCACGGGGUGUCCUACGUAGUCCCUAUCUUUGAGGGGUACCCUUUGCCAAACAUCACCGACAGGCUUGACUACGCUGGCUCAGAUGUCACCCUCUACCUGAUGGAGUUGCUGAACAAAUCUGGCAGCCACUUGACCAAGGACCAGCUGGAGCACAUAGACGUCAUCAAGAAGAAACACUGCUUCGUAGCUCUGGAUCCUGCCCAGGAAGGGAAUUUUCACAAGAACGAGGUGAUCGACUACCGCCUUCCGGAUGGGCAGGCGAUCAAGAUCGGCACGGAAAGGUUCCUUUGUGCAGAAGUGCUCUUCAGGCCUUCUCUGAUGGGGUCCAAGCAGCUGGGGCUGCACACCUUGACUCUCUCCUGCCUCCACAAAUGUGACAUUGCCCUCAAAAGGAACCUGAUGAGCAACAUUCUGCUGUGUGGGGGCUGCACCAUGUUGCAUGGCUUCCCUGCUCGCUUCCAAAAGGAGCUGGACAAGAUCUGCCCGAAUGACACCCCCUUGGUGAUUUCCUCGCCUGGGCGGGACAGUUCAGUAUGGACCGGAGGGUCCAUCCUUGCCUCGCUCCAAGCCUUCCAGCCCCUAUGGGUCUAUCGUUGGGAAUACCAGGAAUACGGGCCUCACUUCCUUUAUAGGAAAUGCUUCUGAACCCAAGGCAAGCCUGGUGGAAUGUGCCGUCGCCAUUGCUUUCUGUUGUCUUCACGGUCCCUUUGUCAGCCAUAAGUUCCUCCCUUCCCUCCUCAUCAAAGUGCUCAUCAAAAUACUGAAUCUGUUGUAAUAGUUAUUAUUGGGGCUUUUCCUCCUCACAAUGGGGAGGGUGUCAGGGAAGCAAAAAAUUCCGUUUUAAUAAAUGUAAGUGGGCGUUUUCUUUUCACCUCCGUAA